AUGAAUAAAACGUUUCGAUGUGGUCGUCUGAUGCUUACCAAAGAUGGGAUAUUAAAAAAACUUGAGUUAGAAAACGGUGGUGGUUCUCGUCGUUGUAAUUGGGAUCAUAAUGAUAUGGAUUUCAAUACUGUUCAACAACGUCUGAUGGACGUGUUUCAUCUGAAUAAUGGUAAAUAUAAAACUUGGUUAUAUGAUUUUGAACGUAAACUAUUAGAUGUACAUAAGUAUGAGAAAUUCUCCCAAUAUAUGAACGACCAUGGCCUCAGUGGUCGAAGUACUAUUAUUUACAUAUGUACAAACGAAGUCAAUGAAAAUGAGAAUGAUGAUGAUGAUGAUCCAAUAAUAAUAAUGCCGAACAAGAAAAGUACAGCCACAAUGAAAAAAUUAAAGACUGAACCAAAAUCAUCAACAUCAGUACAAACCAAUAUGUCACCAAGAACAGUUGAAAGCCAAUACAUUUUAUAUGAUGAAGAUCGGUUUGAUAAAGAACAAUCAUCUCAAUCUCUUUUUGCAUAUUCUUUUUCUGAUUCAAUUAAUAAAUUGAGAAAAAAUAUUCAUGAUUUAAUUAAAAAUAGUAUUUUGGAUGAAACAUUGGUUAAAUUAUUUGAAAAUAUACAAACUAUUUCGGGUAUGGUUUGUGCAACUAUUGAUCCAUUAAAAGAAAAAAUGAAACAAUCGAAUCAAUACGUUCGUGUAAUGAACGAAAAUGAAAUAUGGUUAAAUGAAAAUAAUUUAACGCAAGCAAUGGACGUGUGCAAAUCAACCAAAACUUUACUUGAAUUAAAGAAAAAACAAUAUGGUCACAUUCAAACAUUUUCGACGGUAGUCAAUUUAUUUACUCAAUUUUAUGAUAACUUACAGAUUCUGCUCAAACAAUGGUCCGAUAAUGUUAAAGAUAAUAAUGAAAAAUACAACACAUCAACAUUAUCAUCUUGCUCUACUCAUUCGAAUAAUAAAUAUUUAUCUAGCGAUUCACAUAUUCAACCAUUAUUUCAACAUAAAAGUGAAUUAUAUUCAAAGAAUUGUAAAAGGCAAUCUCAAACGUCAUCAAUACCGGUUUCUCAAUCAUUACCAUCAGUCGAUGUAUUUCAACCAGUAUCUUCAUUUCAAGAAUCAUCAAAUAAAAAUAAUCAGGAAGAUUUUGCUUUAUUUGAAUCCGUUUUGAAUUGCUUAAAUCAUUUAUCAGGUUUAUUAUAUCCACAAUAUCUAUCAACAUUUCGUGAAUUUAUUCAUUCAGCUAUUGAUGACAUUGAGUCCAUACGAUCAACAAUUAAUUUACAUGAUGAGCAAUCAUUACAAGAUGCACAAAAAAAGACUUUAUCAAUAAAAUCUAGAAUUAAUAAAAUAAUUUAUGAACAAGAUAUUAAUUAUUCCAAACAUGGAUUAGAUGGACAACUUCUUAUGUCGUGUAAAAAAACAUUAAAAUCAAUGGAACUUUUCUUAAUAUCUCUUGAUCGAUAUCAAAUCCAACUCGACCAAAAUAAUCGACGAAAACAUUCAAAUUGGUCUUCACCUCCACGUUUAUUUAUAGAUCAACAUCUCUCCGAAAGCAGACAGACAUUUUCAUUGAAGAAACGAAAAUCAUUAAACUUUCAUGACGAUAGUUAA